AUGUGGAAAAAUAUUCUAUGCGUCUUAGUUUCGUGUGUUAAUAUAACACUCGCAUUUCAAGGUCGCCUCUUUGGUGUUGAUACGUCAUCAAUACGAAACACUUCUUUCGUUCAAAUACUAGACAAUUCUCCGAAAUAUGAUCGUUUGUUGUAUCUCAAUCGUGCAUCUUUUGCAGGCCCAGCCACUGCAAUAAGAAACAUUCAUAAUGAAACGUAUUCUGCAACAUACUAUACAUCUGAUUCAUUCGGUGUACCACAUUACUUUCUAUUCACUAUUGAUGUCAAAAAACCACUGAAACUACUCAACAAUGUAUCAAUAAAUGGGCCUGGUUAUGGAUCAUUUUGGCAGAUAGCAGAUGACGAAACACGACUUGUUGGCAUUCGAGAGUCUGCUCAUUCUGGCGCUACUCUCGAAGUAGCGGCACUUGAUCAAACAACAGGCCGAGUGAAUACAAUUGGCUUGUAUCCAUACGGUUCCUAUAGUCUCGUUAUGGGAUUUGCGCGCCAGCGUCGCAUCUAUUACAACGUUAUUGAAGCACUGUUUUGCGGAGUUAAUGUUGACACAGGCAAGUUAGACGUUCAAAUACGUAUGCCAAAUGAUUACGCGAUUUAUGCACUGAUUUAUGAUCCGACAAAAGAUCGCUUAAUAUCACUUGUUUAUUCUGGUAAAAUUGUCGACAAAGCUUGGUUUAUUGCAUCGAUUAUCGUUGACACAAGUUCAGCAACACUGAAAUUUGAAAGGAUUGGAAACUCAGUAAUACCAAUGGACGGAAAUCAUUUCUGGUCAACCACGUAUACAUUAGCUGUGAAAGAACGACAAUGGAUUACAUUAUGGUCGACGGGAAAUACAGCCGAUGGCAAGACGUUGAUCACAUUCGAUAUCGAUACCGGAGAUAUUACUCAUAAGCAAAUCAUAAAUAAUUCGAAAUAUUUGAAUAAUCUUGUUUAUUUCGAUUAA